UUUACAGUUUUUGCAUGUUGUCCAUUUUUACAGCUGGAUAUUUACUGAGGCGAUUGUGGGUUUUGCCUAAGAUACAGCAGCAAUAACCCCUUCGGGGAAUCAAUGGCUCUAUGGUGCUUUGUCUGUUCCCAUUCUUUUUCAUGAUAUGAUGCCCCCCUAGUUCUUCAUCGAGUCUUUAACGAGUGUAGACUAUGGGAUGCUGCAUUCCUUUCAUUGGUCUUUAACACCAUGGUAAGGCUCAAGAAGGCAGAAUUUUUCAUGUGGAGAAAACAUCAUUCUUACUCUGGUCGUGUUGAUCUGAAUCCAGUCUGUCUGACCCAUGGGGUUGGCUGCUGAGGGGCUGCAGUAGGAAGACGCAUCAUCAUGGACGGACAAACCCAGAGGAUACAGCUGGUUACGGCAGAUGGAAGCAUGGCACUGGGCCACCGAAUACAGAUUGUGACGGACCAGCAGACGGGUCAGAAGAUCCAGAUUGUCACAGCAUUCGACCAGGCCCCGGCCGCGCGGCAGCAGUUCAUCCUGACCAAGCAGGAGGCGUCCCCGGGCAAGGUCAUCCUCGCUGCGCCAGACGGCACUGCUGUCAACCAGCUGCUCUUCACCUCGCCUGACCUGGCCGGACAGCAGAUCCAGUUUGUGACAGAAGAUGGCUCAGAGCAGUCUCCUGCCAAACCUGUGGUGGAGUACUGUGUGGUGUGUGGAGACAAGGCCUCCGGGCGUCACUACGGGGCGGUGAGCUGUGAGGGAUGUAAGGGCUUCUUUAAGCGGAGCAUCCGGAAGAACCUGGUGUACACCUGCAGGGGGUCGGGGGAGUGUGUCAUCAACAAGCACCACCGCAACCGCUGCCAGUACUGCCGACUGCAGCGCUGCAUGGCCUUCGGCAUGAAGCAGGACUCUGUGCAGUGUGAGCGGAAGCCAGUGGAGGUGUCCCGGGAAAGAUCCCUCAACUGUGCCGCCUCCACGGAGAAGAUCUACAUCCGCAAGAACCUCUGCAGCCCACUGGCAGCCACGCCCACGUUUGUGACUGACAAGGAGACCACCAGGUCCACAAGCCUGCUGGAGUCGGGCAUGUUGUUAAACAUCCAACAGCCUUUUACCAAACUGGAGAACACCAUCAUGGUCCCGUCAUCCCCAGACAAGUGCGACCCCUGCCAGGAUGACCUGAGCACGUUGGCCAAUGUGGUGACCUCACUCGCCCACCUGAGUAAGGCGAGAGAGAUGAGUGACAGCAACACCGACCUAUCAGGUAUGGAGACGCUGAGCAAUGGGGACGGCUCAAUGUCUGAGGUACAAGGGGAGGAGCAAACCACAAGUGACAUCACACGGGCGUUUGACACACUGGCCAAGGCACUGAACACGGCGGAGGGCUCUGCAGGUGAGGCCAUGGAGGCUAGCAUGCACUUGGUGUCAGGUGACCAGUCGGGCAGUGUGGUGGAGCUGGACGGCCCGCUGCUCUCAGACAUCCACGUACCCUUCAAGCUGAUGAUGCCACUGCCUGUGCCAGAGUUCCUGAAUGUGAACUACAUCUGCGAGUCUGCCUCCCGCCUGCUCUUUCUCUCCAUGCACUGGGCACGCUCCAUACCCGCCUUCCAAGCCCUGGGGCAAGACAACAACAUCAACCUGAUGAAGGCGUGCUGGAACGAGCUGUUUGCCCUCGGCCUGGCCCAGUGCGCACAAGUGAUGAAUGUGGCAACCAUCCUGGCCGCCAUUAUCAACCACUUACAGAACAGCCUACAGGAAGAGAAACUUUCCGCAGAGAGAGUGAAGCUGGUGAUGGAGCACAUCUGGAGGAUGCAGGAGUUCUGCAACAGCAUGUCCAAGCUGUCCCCCGACGCAUACGAGUACGCCUACCUCAAAGCCAUCGUCCUCUUCAGCCCUGAUCACCCGGGAAUAGACAACACUCUGCAGAUCGAGAGGUUCCAGGAGAAGGCCUACAUGGAGCUGCAGGACUAUGUCACCAGGACAUACCCAGAGGACACUUACCGGCUGUCAAAGCUGCUCUUGCGGGUCCCCGCCCUGCGGCUGAUGAAUGCCGGCGUCACAGAGGAGCUCUUCUUUGCUGGCCUCAUCGGCAAUGUGCAGAUUGACAGCAUCAUCCCCUACAUCCUCAAGAUGGAGUCCACCGACUACAACAGCCAAGUGGUCGCUGCUGUUAUCUGAACAGCGCAUCAGCUGGAUCGCAAGCCCUGUCGCAUAGACGGUGUCUAAAGACUGCAAGCGGUUAUACUCUCAAAAACCGAAUCUGCCGACCCCAACUGUCAGAUUGGUACCUCAGCCUACUCUUCAGUGAAAUAUGCAGGCUUUGCAGUGUCAGAUUGUCACUUCAGUCAUCUGGGUAAUGGGAGCUACAGAUUCCAGCUGUCACAGUGUAAAAUUAAGUCAUCUAAACACAGGGCUGACUCACAGCAGCCAAAUCAUUACCAUGGCCCUCCACGCGGUGGAAUCUAUCAACUCCGUCAGUCAGAUUGUGAAUUGAAACGUUUAAGCAGAACCAUGGUUGUUUUUAGUGGGCAUGUUCUAAAUUGGUCUGAAAUGCGUAGAAGACACUGGUGAGAUGGCCUGUGUGGUUCUUAUAGAUUUGGGACUGAACGAAAUUCAGAGUUUUGGUUGUACUUUUUAAAUAUUUUUGGUCUUUUUUUACUCCCUGAAGCCCGUUUGUCUGAUGAUACAGUCCUUUUCAUGUGAAUGAAUCAUGGAAUGUGAACAUUAUUCUCUUUUGCUUU